UUUAAUUUCAGUCAUCAAUCACCUUAUAUUUUGAAAAAUUCAGAAAUGAAGCCUCAGUUUCAAGUGAGGGUUAAGUGUUUGGGUAGUCAUGAUUCGACAGCGCUGUCAUCUGAUUCAGUUUCAGCGAAUGGAACUUCUUUCAUUGGACAGAAAGAGAAGAAUGGAGCUCUUAUUGAUGGAUGCGUUAGGGAGAAAGGGGAAACUGGGCCUUUAAUUGAUGAAGGAGAUGGUAGAUCGAAGUCUAGAGUUGAGAAAAAGUGGGUGAAAGAUGUUUCACAAGGUUUGAAAGUGUUGUGGGAUGAUGGAUAUGGAACUAACACAGUAAAGGAUUAUCUAGAUGUCGCCAAGGAUAUGAUUAGGCCUGAUGGAGGGCCACCUCGUUGGUUUUGCCCUGUUGAAUGCGGGAAACCUCUAAAAAAUUCUCCAAUUCUUCUGUUUUUACCAGGGAUCGAUGGUGUUGGCUUGGGACUUACUUUGCACCAUAAAGCUCUUGGGAGGGUGUUUGAAGUUCAGUGUCUUCAUAUUCCAGUGUAUGACAGAACACAAUUCGAAAUGUUGGUGAAAUUUGUUGAAGAAACUGUGAGAAUUGAGCAAGCUUCGUCACCAGCUAAGCCCAUUUAUCUAGUGGGUGAUUCUUUGGGGGGAUGUCUAGCACUUGCUGUUGCUGCCCGUAAUCCUAAAAUUGACCUUGUGUUGAUACUGGUUAAUCCAGCUACAUCAUUUGGCAGGUCACAACUACAACCCUUGCUUACUGUCUUAGAGGCUUUACCUGAUGGGUUUAAUAAUGCAGUCUCCUAUCUUCUUAGCUUCAUUAUGGGAGACCCAUUGAAGAUGGCAAUGGUUGAUAUCGACUAUGCGCUUCCUCCUAGAUCAAAAAUUGAAAAACUCUCUGGCAAUCUUGUUGAUUUGAUACCACUACUUUCUGUUUUGGCCGAUAUCAUUCCGAAGGAUACUCUUCUUUGGAAGUUGAAACUGCUUAAAUCAGCUGCUGCUUAUGUCAAUGCACGUCUUCAUGCUGUAAAAGCUGAAGUGCUGGUGCUUGUUAGUGGCAAGGAUUAUAUGCUCCCUAGUCGCGACGAAGCCAAGCGUCUUAGCAGUUCACUACAGAAUUGCAUAGUUCGUAACUUCAAAGACAACGGGCACACACUUCUACUGGAAGAGGGCAUUAAUUUGCUCACUAUUAUUAAAGGUACUGGCAAAUACCGCCGUUCAAGAAGGCUUGAUUUUGUCUCAGACUUUCUACCUCCUAGCAUGUCAGACUUCAAAUGUGUCAGUAAUGAAGUACCAGGGCUUUUGAACUUUGCUGCUGGUUCUGCUAUGUUCUCAACUCUGGACAAUGGAAGGAUAGUGAGAGGUCUUGCUGGAGUUCCAAAUAAAGGUCCUGUCUUAUUAGUUGGCUCCCAUAUGCUGAUGGGACUUGAAGUUUUUUCCCUUAUUGGAGAAUUCUGGAGAGAGAAGAACAUUCAAGUGCGUGGUCUAGCUCAUCCAGUACUUUUUAGUAGGAGGUUUGAGGAGUCAUCCAGUGAAUUUUCUUUAGCUGAUUGGGUUAAAGUGGCGAGUGCAGUACCUGUCUCAGCAAGCAAUAUUUUCAGAUUGCUUGCAACAGAAGCACAUGUGCUUCUUUAUCCGGGAGGUAUACGGGAGGCUUUGCAUUACAAGGGUGAAGAGUAUAAGUUAUUUUGGCCUGAUCAGCAAGAGUUUGUGAGAGUGGCUGCAAGGCAUGGGGCUACAAUUGUGCCAUUUGGUUCUGUAGGAGAAGAUGAUAUAGCAGAAUUUGUCCUCGAUUACCAUGAUCUAAUGAAGAUACCUGUGGUUAAUCACUAUAUUAGAGAGGCUACUCUCGCUGCUCCAAAAAUCAGGGACGAGAGUCUAGGAGAGGUUGCAAAUCUAGAAUUAUUUAUCCCGGCGCUUUUGCCCAAACUACCUGGUCGCUUUUAUUUCCUGUUUGGGAAGCCCAUAGAAACAAAUGGAAAAGAAGAGCUGCUUAAAGACAAAGGUUCUGCAAAUGAGUUGUACUUGCAGGUUAGCAUCAUAAAUUCUGCAUGCUGAAGCUACACCAAAAUGAUUUUGCCAUAUUCAUGAAUAUAUAGAAUAUGAUUCUGAAUGUAAAUUAGAGGGAAUUUCACAUUGCAGAGAAAAGAGCAGUAUAUGGUCCUAUUACCGGUAAGUCGAAUCUUACGUCAGUUCAUGUGAGGGUCUAUAUAAGAGAAAGUAACAGAAGCAUUUUUCAUAAAGCAGGAGAGGAAGUAAUAUAGUGCUUUACAGGAGAAAGGUCAAGUUAUGGCUGGGUAUAGUUACCCAUACAGAAGCUCUUCUGCCUCCAAUUCAGCAAGAAUCGAUGAUUGCAGCAAGCCAAGCUAUGCCUCUGAUCAUGUGUGCCGGCCAGUCAUCGUUGAUGCUGAGGGGAGGAAGAGUCCAAUUGUUUUCUUUCGUCCAACACAGAACUCAGACUACUAUGUUUCUACAAGAACUGAAACAAUUGUUCAAGAGAAUGUUAUUUCGCCUUACUCACUGGAACACAAGCAUAUUCCUUACAGGUCACCUGAUUCACCGGAGGGUUAUGAAGUUGUUGAAGAAAGGUGGCAUCUCCCUCCAAGCCCAGUUAAGGAUCGCUCGCCAAAGGUUGAUGAAUUCUUCACCAAAGUGCAAACUGAGGCUAGCAGACCCAGGUUUAGCCCUAUGAAUGCAUCAACACGGCGCCAGACUGCUAAACCCACUGGGUUUCAAGACAAUACUGUUAGCUAUGGCAGUGAGUUCAAUGACCACAGCAAAAAAGAAUGGGAAAAGCCCAGUGGUAAUGCAUACGAAAACAACUAUGAUUACUUUGGCAAGUAUAAUAGCAACACGGAGCCAUGGGCUAAGCCAAGUCAAACAACAUGGGGUGCAACACCCAAUUCCAUCCUCUCAAAACCAACGAAUGGUACCAACACAGACACAAGAUACUUCAACGGAAAUGGGAAACCUUCUGGCACCGCUGCUCCACCUUUCCGUCACACAGGACCAGCUUAUACAGGAAGCACUGAGCCGCCCAUGAUCACCCAUGGUGGGUGGGAAAGGCCAAGUGCGUCAACAUGGGCCUCAGCACCUGACUCUAACCUCUCCAGACCAACAAGUGAUAUUAACACAGCCAUAGGGGUUCUAAAAGAAGCUGCAAAGCCUUCUGUCUAUACUUCUCCAAACUCCAGAUAUACUGAACCGUGCUAUACAGAAACCAUUGACAACAAGGAAGCUGCAAAGAGAUAUGGCAAAUUCAACUUGUCAUCCCAGCCAUACGCAACAGAAGAUAAGUAUACAACAACAAUUGACAGUAGGGAGGCUGCAAGGAAGUAUCAUGGAACAACAAUGUGAAAUCAGUAUCGAGAGGGAAUGAAAUUAUCUAUUUAGUUAAACCAGCACAUGCUUCCUCAGAUGAUUUUAACAAUGCUUGUCUCUUAUAUGCUGCUCAUAAGUGAAUGUAAUAUGAUAACUACUUGCAUCCAACUAAUUAAAUAAGCUUCCUGAUAUA